CGCGCCAUUCUACAAAGAAACGAGCCCCUUUAAUAGGCAUCUUGGAAGCAGGAGCAAGGAUUUCAGCAUGGAGCUCCACAGCUGCUUGCUUCCUGUGUGCUGCUGGGGAUAUAUACUGCGCAUCACAAGGUGUGCGGACUAAUUGAGCACAAUUGGUGGUUCCUGUUCCUAGUGUUCCCCUUCUUGGAAACACGAAGGAAAUGCUUUGCCCCUUUCUUCUGUAAUUGUUUCUCUAUAUGUUGGAUUGCUGGUAAACUUGCCCAAACACAACCGAGGCUGAGAUCAAUAAAUACGCAAGAUUCGACUUCUAUGAUUUUAGUCCUUCAGAAAUAGUUGAUAACUAAGUGUUCCCGUGAUCUUCCCACAGCCUACCUUAUCUUGUCAAAGAACAAAGAAGGAAAUGCUUCUCUCUUUUUUCCUGCAAUCACUCCUCCUCAUAUGCUUCUUUUUCUCCUUUGUUUAUCCCAUGGAACCAAGCACAUCCAGGUGCUCCAAUACUUCCAUUCCUUAUCCUUUUGGUAUUGCUAGUAACAGCCUGUCCCAAGGGUUCCAGAUUUAAUGUGGCCCUAGUUCGCGCAUAUCUGGACCUGGUGGUCCGGUGCUAUCCAUUGGAGACAGUGUGUUUGGGAUUCUUGACAUCUCAUUGCUGGAUGGUUCUGUGACCAUAUUGGCUAGUAUCAAUUCUCAGCAGUGCAAAGGAAACUCUAGCAUUAACCUUGAGGGGACCAUCUUCACAUUCUCAGAUGCAAGAAACAAGUUCAUAGCUCUGGGUUGUAACGUGGUGGCCAUGCUGUUGAAUAGCAAUAGUGGGUAUAGCGGUGGUUGUGCUUCCUUUUGCUCUAGCAAAGAUAACAUCGUUAAUGGUUCGUGCUCUGGUGUGGCUUGCUGCCAAGCUCCGGUGCCGAAAGGGUUAAAGAAGCUGGAGUUAGAGUUCGGUAUUAUAUCCAAUAAGGAUAACGAUACUCUACCAUGUGGAGAGGCCUUCAUUGUGGAGCAGAACUCAUAUGUGUUUUCAAGUAGUGACUUGAGCAACACAAAUAAUACGAAACGUCAAUACCGACCUGUGGUACUUGAGUGGUCUAUAGAUGGCAGCUGUGAAGAGGCAAAAGAGACCACAGCAUAUGCAUGCAGGGAGAAUACCUAUUGCUACAAUUCAUCAAACGGAAUUGGUUACCGCUGCAAUUGCUCCAAGGGAUUCGAGGGGAACCCAUACCUGCAAGGCCCUAAUGGAUGCCAAGAUAUUGAUGAAUGCUCCACCAGAAAUCCAUGCACGCACAAGUGCGUCAACACAAAAGGUAGUUUCCAGUGCAGGUGCCCAGCAGGGAUGAGCGGCGAUGGCUUGAGGGAGGGCAGCGGUUGCAAUGGAGUGGGCACACUAGUAAUUGCAAUAGUCACAGGAUUAGCUCUGCUAGUGCUUCUCUUCAUUCUUGGUUUCUGGACACACUGGCUUGUUAAGAAGAGGAAACUUGCGAAGACAAGACAGAGGUACUUUAUGCAGAAUGGUGGCUUGUUGCUGAAGCAGCAGAUGUUUUCUGAAAGGUCACAACUGCAUAUAUUCACCUCCAAUGAGCUUGACAAAGCAACCAACAACUUCAGCGAUGACAAUAUUGUUGGCAGAGGAGGAUUUGGGACCGUGUACAAAGGCAUACUAUCCAAUCAAGUGGUCGUGGCAAUCAAGAAGGCACAACGAGUUGAUCAGACCCAGAUGGAACAAUUAGUCAAUGAGCUUAUCAUUCUUUCACAAGCGAACCACAAGAAUGUGGUCCAGAUAUUAGGAUGUUGUCUUGAGACAGAAGUUUCCUUAUUGGUUUAUGAAUUCAUUACCAAUGGGGCCCUUUUUCAUCAUCUUCACAAUACAUUGGUCCCGAUGUCAUGGGAGAAGCGUCUAAACAUUGCAGUUGAAACUGCGUCGGCACUUGCAUACUUACAUUUAGCCGCAAAUAUACCAAUAAUUCACAGAGAUAUCAAGUCAUCGAACAUACUUCUUGACAAGAACUUCACCGCAAAGGUGUCCGAUUUUGGUGCCUCAAGACCAAUACAAUACAAUCAGACCCAUGUAACAACAUUAGUGCAAGGAACAAUAGGGUACAUGGACCCUGAGUACUUCCAGACAAGCCAAUUGACUAAGAAAAGUGAUGUGUACAGUUUUGGUGUGGUACUCAUCGAACUACUGACAAGGAAGAAACCUAUUAUGGAUGGCGUGAUGGAAGACGUGAGAAGCCUACCACUGCAAUUUAGCAUGUUAUUCCAUAAAAAUAAGUUGUUGGAUAUUGUUGAUCCUGAAGUAGCUGAGGAAGCUGGAAUGAGACAUGUUGAAACAAUUGCAAAGUUGGCAUUACGAUGCUUAAGGUUGAAAGGUGAAGAACGGCCAAGGAUGAUAGAGGUUGCAAUUGAACUUGAAGGAUUGAGAAGGUUGAUGCAACAACACUUCAUCCUAAAGAGCGAGUCUCUGCUUCAGGAUUCAUGGUACCAUGAAGAGAUGAGCAUUGACACACCACCGAGUUUGCACCUUGGCGAUGGUGGUAUUGCUAGAGAUGAAAGCAUGGAGAUCAUGCUAUUUCCACCCAAAAGUUGUUGAUCCUAGUUAUGGUUUUAAAUUGCCGGUUAAGGUGUUUAGCGGCAGGACUGCCAUUAUGGCGUUUAGCGGGCUAUAGCCGGCUUUAUCGAGCUAAAUGCCAUAGCGGCUGCCCUUCCUAGCAGCUAUAGCCGGGUUUAGCGGCAGUUAUAGACGGCUAUUUAAAACCUUGAUCCUAGCUCGUUAACUCAGUCACAUGUAGAAGGUUUUAGCUGCUUCCUAGCUUCUCAAUUUCUUGUUAGCGAUCUCUUCCUCAAGUUUAGCUUCGACUCAAUUUCAUGUAAUAUGUAUGGUUAUAAUAGGCCUGUUUUGUGAUUUUUUAAAAUAGUUUUUAUAAAUCAUUUA